ACAGUCGACAGACUCUGUAACAAAACAGACUUAUUUUGCUGCUGUUGAACAGAAUCUCUGUUGCUUUUGGAGCCAACUCAUCCGCAAUAAGCAGACGCUCCCACGGCUCGGGCUUAUCUACGGCAGCACAGGGUAGGGCCGUACCCCUGCCAUGGAAAACCGCAUUCCUUCUGCCCGUUGGUCUGUUUGCUCUGGUGCCCGGAGAUAACGUUAUUUCUAGCGUUGUUUGUGCUGCAGCAGCUGCUCAGCAGUGAAGGUGGGUGAUCGCACUCUUCGGGCUUGGUUUUAACUCUCGCAUAAGCUCCACCAUCCCCGUGUGCCCGUUGCGUCACACCCCCAGCGCCUGCGGGCAGGAGGGGGAAGGCACGGCGCUUCUUGCGUUCCCUCCUCUUAAAACCGCUCAAGGGAGGGAAGGAAGAGAUUUUUUCUAUUUGUGGAAAGGACAUCGAGCGGGCAGCAGCAGGAUGUUGUUGCUGCACGCUUCCCUGGAGGUGCACUAGGGCCAGGCAGCGUCGCACAUCCGUGGUGCUGGCACCGCCCCUGGCACGCGAUGUGCUGGACCGGGGCCACCCGCACUUUUCUGGCGGAUCUCUGCCCUGCCCUCGCUCCUCACGCCGGCUGUCUGUGGGGCCGUGCGGUCUGAGCACGGAGCUGCAGGUCGGAGCUGGAUGCGGGGUGCAAGAGUGGCGUUCCCUGGGGACGGGACGCAGCGAGCAGAGCGGCAGCGAACUGUGAGCUCUCCCACCCACGCGGCGCAGAGCCGUCCCAUGCAUGCCUUCUUCCCGCCCCUCCCAGCACCACCAGAAAUAGCUCGAGCCUCGGUGCCCGGCUCGCAGUACCUCCAGCGGGCUGGCAGCUCCUCUAGGAGCCCCACACUCCGUAUCCCGCCGGGGCUGGAUCCCGACCCCACGAGCACCUCCCCGAGCACCGAACCGCCUGCUCAUCUCCUCCGGCGCCCGAUGGCCAACAGCACUCCGCUCUGGGACAACAGCAGCCGGGCUCUGUGCCCCGUGGAUGCCGCCUUCGCGCAGCGCUUCCUGCCCGCCGUGUACCUGGUGGUGACCCCGCUGGGGCUGGUGGGGAACGUGCUGGGGCUGUGCUAUCUGCGCUCCGGCCCCCGCAGCCCGCUCAGCCUGCUGGUGGGUCACCUGGGCCUGGCCGACCUGCUGUACGUCUGCACGCUGCCCUUCCUCAUCAGCUACUACCUGCACGGCCGCACCUGGGCCUUCGGGAGGGGCUGGUGCCGCCUCACCCGCGGGCUCUUCCACCUCAACCUCUACGCCAGCAUCGGUUUCCUCACCUGCAUCAGCGUGCACCGCUACCUGGGCAUCGUGCAUCCGCUGCGGGCGCGGGGCCGCUGCCAGGCUGCCGUGUCUCCAGGCCGGCUCAGCGCGGCCGUGUGGCUGUGGGUCAUCGUGCAGGUGGGCCCUGACUUCGCUUUCAGCAAGAUGGACCCUAUGGGGAUGCGGUGCCACGACACGACGGGGGAUGAAAGCCUGGGUGCCUACGUGCCCUAUACCGCCGCCAUCACCGUGACGGGGUUCGUCAUCCCCUUCCUCAUCAUCGUCGGGUGCUACUGCCACGUGGUGGUGGUGCUCUGCAGGAGCGACACGGUGGAGCCCGGCCUCAGGAGGAGCAGCAUCAGGCUGGUGGUGCUCGUCAUGGUCCUCUUCUCUGCCUGCUUCCUGCCCUACCACAUCUUCAGGAACCUCAACUUGCUGUCCCGAGCCUGGCAGCGGCGGGGGUCCUGCACACAGGCCAUGAAGGACAUCUACGUCUCCUACCAGGUGACCAGGGGCCUGGCCAGCUUCAACAGUGCACUCAACCCUCUGCUCUACGUGAUGACCAGCAAAGACUGCGUGUCACGCAUAAGGAAUAUCCACCAAAGGGCCAAGGAGACCCUGGGAUCCAUCUUCACAUGGGAAUUCUCUAACCAAGCCCACAGGACGAGGAGCAGCAUCGUCUUUGAGGAGCAGGAGGCUUCUGAGCAGCUCUGAUCAGUGCGGCACCUCCCCGACAGCUGUGCACAUCAGCUUCAGCAUUCCCCCACCUGAAGCACGCUUUGUGGUGAGAUGAGACUGCAGUCCUCGGCUCCAGCGUGGUGCCUGGGACAGACGGGACCGAGGGCAGCAGGGAGUAGGCUGGCUCGGGCUUUAGAACAGAGUAACCAGCCCCAAGUGGGGCAGAGAGCUGCUGCAUUGCAGAUGGUGGAGAGGGGGAGUUCUGCAGGGGGAAGUGCUGUAGAAAUGGAAACAUUCACUAACAUAUCUUGAUUGAAACAUGACUAAACUGUGCCAGCAGUGGUGCUGAUUGUUUCUGGAAGCAGAUCUGCUUUGGGAUCUGGCUUAUCUUCUGUGGCCUGCCUCCUUCACAGCAGAAAAAUGUACUUUAGAAUUAUUCACUCUCUUCUGGAAGAGUGUAUAACAAACAAACCGACGUCUUAAAGUUUCUCAGGGCUUUUUUUUUAUUAUUUUGCAAGGCAAAUGACCGCAGUGGCCUGAACCACGUGCUCAGCAGGCAGUGCCCAGAGAACUCUGAGCCACUUGGGUGGGGGCUGCAGCUCUCCGGCAUUCAGCCUCACAACAGUAUUAACAUGAGCUAGUGUCUCCUGUAAAUCUGAUGUGCAAAUGUCACCUGCAGAGGUACAGUGAGCUGCCAGGGCAAGACGUCCAUCUGCUUCCGUGGAUGCGGGGGCAUUUCUGCUGCAGGGGGAGCAGCACUCUGCUUUUUGCUUUCGGUUCUCCCCAACACGAGCAGCUGCAACGCAUGACCGGAGCAGUGAAACUUGAAGCAGCAGAUUUCAGAAGGGGCACAUGAGUUAGAACUGCCCCAUACCUGGAGAGCAUGGCCUCACGCAGGGCUGAAGUCAGAACAAAGCCUGACCUGCACCAGCCAGCUGCUGCUCACACAGCCUGACCUCGCUGCUCCGCAGAGAACACAGUGGCAAUCACAUAGGGCUAAUACAUCUGAGGUGCAAAUAAACACUUAACACGUUCACUUGUGCCCCUCUGGCUUCUUCUAAGGCUUGGUGGCAGCACAGAGCGAGCUGGCCUGGGGGAUGGAGCAGGGGCACACACCAGCUCUGCUCCCCUCCACGCGACCAGCUCUCAUCCACUGCCCCCACAUUGUUGUUAAGGGUGACCUAAAGAUCUGUAUACCAAGAACCAGCCCUGAGCCCAGGAUUUGUAGCAUCUCAUGGUUCCAUGUCCCACGUCAGUCAAACCAGCAGAGGCCAUUGGGAUCUGCGCACUGUAACAAUGGCUCCAGGGCUUGGUGGCAUCUUGUGCUUCACAGCCCUCCUGAUCCUCAGGCAGCACCACUCUCCAUGCAAGCUGAAAAGAAGAAGAAGGAGGAAGAAGAAAAAGCUCUCCCCCAAAACCAGCCAAGUGCCUUCCUUUAAUUAGCUGCAUUUGUAAUUAAGGACAACCACUGGCACGUGAGCCUGCCUGGCUCUCACAGCUGUGUAAUGGAGCAGCAAAGCAGCCUCCUCCUGCUGCUUUUGCUCCGGGCUCCUCCCCAUGCAAACAGCAGCUGCUGCCCCACAAGGGACGAAUGUGAUGGACAGAGAUGUACAGAUGUAUGACCAUUUCACUUCCUUCUGGAAUGCAAAACUGUUCUGCUUGGCAUCCAAAAUGCUACACAAGAACAUACUGCUGACAGCAGCAGCUAAACCAGAGGCCCCCAGCAGAGCGAGGAGUGCAGGGCAGGGGGCUUUGGAAGCAUCUCCUGUGGUGUGGUGGGAACUGCAGUGUGUGCAAAAAGGGUUGAGUCCUGCAGGUCACUAAUGAAAGGUCACAGCAUCCCCGAAUGCAGCAUUUAUUUCUGCAGCAGAGCAGUUUCACUGUCCCAGUACCUCUGGGUAUAGGGAGAGCAGACCUGACAGCUCAUCUGAUUUACCAAGGACAUCGGCUGAGCUGGGAAAGCAAUGGUAAUGCAGUUAACUCUGGGUGAUCCGGGCAAAGAUGGUCAAUACGUGGGGGAUCGGGUGCUGCCAGUGAAUGUUUCUUUAAAAUGAAAUUCGGAGUCUUUGUGCAGAGUGCUUUGGCAUCUGGGAGACAAACAGUUUAUUAAGGAGAGCACACCGUAUAAAUAGAACAAAAUUCAGCAUGGCUCCGUGAGGCUGUUGGUCUCAUAUUAUUCCUCUGUGUGUGUGGUUAUAAAUAGGGGACACUGUGCAGUGUGGGACCUCCAUGGGGCAGGAGAUACCCUGGGGUAACCCAGAGCUUCACCUGCACAGCUCUGUAUCUCAGCCCCUGCCCACAGACACUCAAACGGAGCAUAUUGAAGCGGGCCUCCUUGUCCCACUGCAGCCCCAGGCUGAUCUUCCUGCUCCAAGCAGGCGCUUUGCCCGGCUCCCCAAAGCCCAGCGUUAAUUUCAUUCCCAUCACUGAUUCAGAGAGCAGCUGUGGCCACGGUGCUGCUCUGCCCCGGGGACGUGGCUCAGCCACUGCACGUCGGCUGAGAGCCACGGGGGCAUCUCUGUGCCCCUAUGGGAGCAGCCAUCCCAUCGCCCCGAUUCAUCCACCCUGAGAGAAGGAGCUGGAAAACUUCAGUGCGCAAACGAUUUGGUAAAAAGUCGCGACUUCGAGGUGGAGAACAAAAUGUGCCUGCAGCGCAGUGCUCUCACUGCACCACAAAGCAAAUAGUUUCAGUUUGGUUUAUUUGUUCCCCGCUGAGAAAUCACUCCUGGUCCUGCAGCCCCCGGUCCCACAGCCCAGUCGCAGCGCUGGAGGGGAGCAAUGAGAGCAGCAGGAUGACAGCAUUCCCCUUCCCAGCCCCGCUGCAGGACGAGGGCGAAGCUGUCAUCCAGGCAUCCUCAGGAAAAUGCUUGCAUAUUUGCAGUGCAUUCCCAGAACCUCUGCCCCUCCCUUGCCUGCAGCAGAGAACUCAUUUAUAGCACUGCCCACCGUGGGAGCGGAGCAGGUCCUGCUCUGCACUUAGCCAAGCACUGCUUUGUGUGCUGAUCCCAGUGCCACCGCCCUCAGCCCCGGCUGUGCUGGGAUGCUCACAUCCCAACUGGUUGUCUGCUCUGCUUCUCAGCAAACAAUCCCAGCAGUGAUUAAGUAGGGACAUUAUUGUUUUAGCUUGUUUUUGUGAUUAAAGCCAAGGUGCUCCAGACAAAUAAAUGCACCGAUGAAAGCGGCCGAGAUCAAAGCAGCACCUCUCCCAGCUGGGCGCGGGCCAGGCACUUUAUGGCAGGUGCUGUGUGCCUGGCUGGCGCUCAACUGACAGCUUUCCAAGCACAUAAAAACUUAAUAGGCUGAAAAUAGAGUUUGUGGUCACAGACUGACAGCAGCAGCGCUGGCAGCUUGGGGCGGCUCCAUGCACGAGCUCCAGGGGAGCGGGGCUGGGGAAUUCAGGCAGGGCAUCAGGCAGGAUCCACAGCAGGAUGCAGGUGCCAGGGCUCCCAGAUGGCAGGGCUAGGAGAAGGCAGCGGGAUAUCCCAGAGCCAAGGGAAAGCCAUGCAGCUGACUCUGUUUGCAGUGUUUGGUGUUUGCAAACACCCCAAGCACCAGAGCUCCUGCUUUAUGCACGGAGCUCUGCUGUCCCUCUACCUCCCCGUGCAAUAAAAAGGAGACAUGUCAUCUCAUAAUGCAAUUUCUUGCUGGAAAUCAAUGCUGAAGUACAUUAUGUUGCCUGCUCCCAUCCUGCAGCUCCCAUGUGCCCUUGUUCAAGUGCAAUGAGAGCAGCAAGAAGACAAAGGCCGAGCUGCGCUCGGUGUGGGGCUUCUCUCUGGGCAGGAGGGAUGUGUGUGUGGUGUGACACAGCUCUGGUGCACUUGCUGUGUGUGGGUAAAGAAAUGUAUGAGCAUGGGGCCGCUGUGCAGCAUUGCCUUCAUUCUAAUGCCUGUGACAGCACCCAAACACACUGCUGUGUGCGCUGCCUGUGCAGCCCUGUGUUGGUUUGCACUGUGUCACCGGGCGGGUUUAGUACAGAACUGCUCCUGCCCCUGUUGUGUAUUUGUGGAUCUUGUCCCACAGGGCCUGAGAUCAGAGCAAAGCCCCGGAGCUGACUCCGCUGUCCUGCAGCUGCACAUGAUGGGAGCUGUGCGUGCAGUUUGCACCCCUCUGCAGAGCAAACGCAUCGGUGCGUCUGGACCUGCACGGGGUAAUGGGCUGCAGCACCUACCGGCUGCUCCGGGGAAGAGCUGGGAGCUCAGGCCGGACCCGCAGGGCCCCAGCAGCUCUCCCGGCAGCGUCGCUGCUCCCAGCCGAGAUGGGCAGAGUUUAUUUUUGAAGGAGAUGUUAUCUCCCGCAACGCACAACUCGGGAGAAGCAUCUUUCUAUUUUUAAAAAGCGAAACAUAAGGCUUACAUAAACUAGUGGGGAAGCGGAGCCGAGCCGCCAGGCCCG